UUCAUUCUCUGAUCAGGACGCCAUUACUCCCCUUUAAGUUUACAUUACAUAUAGUUGUUUGCUGCUAUAUGAAUGCUCUGAAUUUGGAAUUUAACACAUUUUAACUGAUAAGGAAAUAACCGUAGUUGCAGCCCUGGUAAUGUGUUGAUGUAUUAACAAUAGCAGAAAAACAAGGUCUGCAAAAAGAAGUCGUGUUCUCCACUUAAUUAUGUACACCAAGCUACAACUAAUGUUGUCUAAUACAACAUCUCUACAGUUGUUCCUUCAUGAAUGUUAGUGAGGUGUUUGUUUCAACUUUAUGGGCAUUUUGGUGCUGUGGGAAUGCAUUUUAUGAGAGUUUUUGUCAUAUUUAGUCUACCCACAUAUAGACAAAAUAGGAUAGGAAUGGAAACACUGUGGUGGGAUAUAACAAGAUGUUGUGGUGUAGCAGCUUGUAUAUCAGGGCUACGUCCGUUUCUGUGCAUCACUGCACAUAUUUAUCUGCACACUGAACAAACAUCACUUGUUUCUGACGGCGUCUUUUUCAUUUGCUCUUCACACACACCGUCCACCUGGUACCUGGCUGCACGCUACGUUCUAAUGUUUGUUAGUGUGGAUGCUGUUAAUCCAUCAAAUUGAAAUCGGCAUGUUUUGAAUAUUGUCGCUAUUCAGAUGAAUUCAGACAUCUGAACUGGGGCUGGUAGAUAUGGUUGAAUUCACAGUAUCAAUAAGUAUUUUCCAAUAUCACUAUACAUAGAUUAUGACAUGCUUCUUGUUUCCAAUAUCCCACAUAAAGUACUCAAGCAGAUGUUCAAAGCACUGUUAUGGAGUACAUUAGACCAAACUCUUCAUACUGUAUUGAUAAAAGAAAAGCUUCUAAACGUAUUUUGUUAGUUUUUGAUUACAGUCUGCUCAAAGCUAGAGCUAAAACUAUAUAUUUUUUAUUUGAUGAAUCAAUGUUUUGGUCAUUUAUCAAGCAAAAAACAAAGCAUAAUUUCUUCCAGUUCCAUUAAUGUGAUAAUUAUUUCAGCUCUUUUUUAACCAUUGUACACUGAAUUUAUUUUGGGUUCGGGUUUGGUCGGAUAAAUCAAGUCAUGGGAAGAUGUCACCUUAGGUUGUGUGAAAUUGUGAUUGGUAUUUAUUUUACAUUUGAGAAUUAGUCAUGUCUGCUUGUUUGUAAUUCCUACAUUCAUGAAAGAAAGUGAAUGCAGCACCAGACCACGUGACCGACCCAGCUUUCUAACGUUAGCAAGGUGGCUAACAGGAUUUAGCUAACUUGAGCUACGUUGCAUCGCAGCGCAGAGUAAUCCCCACUGGAGAAACGACGACCACGCACUCUUCGCCGUGUACUUGCUAUAAGUUUGUGUAACGUUACACUUCGAAGCGAGCACCGAGAGCACAAUGCCAGAGCCGGCUGAGAUGAGCGGUCCAGAGGUGGCCAAGACACCGGGAGGUGGCGCUCCGGGCAAGGAGGGAAAGGAGCCAGUGGCCAAUGGGCACGCAGGAGAGGGCAGCGACGCCAACCCGUUCGCUGAGUACAUGUGGAUGGAGAAUGAAGAAGAGUAUAACAGACAGGUGGAAGAGGAACUGCUGGAGCAGGAGUUCUUAGAGCGCUGCUUCCAGGAAAUGCUGGAGGAGGAGGACCAGGAUUGGUUCAUCCCUUCACGUGACCUCAACAACCAGGGGGUGGGGCAGCUGCAGCAGCAGCUCAACGGCCUGUCGGUCAGCGAUCACCAUAACAACCUGGAGGAAGUGGCGAGGAAGAGCAUCUUGAAUCCCGAAGCGAAGGAGUUCGUCCCGGGGAAGAAAUACUAGGAGUCCCCCUCACCCCCAUGGAGCCUCCGCGCGCGCACACACACACACACACCAGUUCUCACAUAUUCUCAGAGACUCUGGCGGCCACGCCCGCAUACACACUGAUUCACACACUCACUCACACACACACUCGCUGUCACACACUUGAAGUCAACGGUGUGCUGGCAGGCCCAGUUGGGGGGUGGGGGGAUUUCUUUUUGUUUCUUUCUUUUUUCUUUUUGUUUCUUUAAAUCUUUUUAUUUCCUGUUUGUUUCUUGUAAACUGAGGGACAUUGGGAAUGGGUGGGGGAGGGGUGUAAUACCAGCACCGCCCUACAGCGGGCG